CCACAACCAGGUCUUCAGCCAUUUUCGCUCUCAUUCAUGUAUCGAUUCUUGUUCUAACUACCUUGCUCCUCGCCUCUGACGUCUCCCGCGCCCCUCAGCAACCUCUACCGCGCCGCCUUAUUGCGUCUGCGUCAACCGGCUCUGGAGAGAUCGUCCUGAUGCCUAAACGGCGUCUCUUCCGUUGGCCAGCGCCCCGGACGGCUGGGCUGACGUUGCUGGCCAUGCUGUUCAGUACCAUCGCGCUCUUCCUCUAUGGCGGCGGUUCAUUUCCUGUAUCGCCGCAUCGUCGACAAAAGCAGGAAGAAGAAUCGAACCGUAACCAGGCCAUUCGCGAACUUGCCGACAUCACAGCGACAUAUAGCGAUUUGAGUCAAGUCGGGUUGGUAUUAGCAGCGACGAAAUCUGACGAUCUCCAGUGGCUUUUAGAUUACUGCAAAGAACGCGGACCUGAAACCGUCCCAUUUAUCUAUAGCACCGACGAUAUACCCGACCCUCGUCUUUUAAAACCCCGCACAACCCGAGGCCGUGAGGCCACCGCAUACCUGUCCUACGUCGUCGAUCACUACGACAACCUCCCUCCCUACUCGAUCUUCAUCCACUCCAACAUCAACCAAUGGCACAACGAUCUCUUUGGCUCUGAAAUGCCUGCGACUCUGCGCAAUAUCCGCCUUGAUGCCGUCGAUGCGAUGGGCUACGUUAACCUCCGGUGCAAGCAUGACCCGGGGUGCCCAACGAGCGUCCACCCCUGGAACCCAACACAAAUCGACAUCGACGGGAACGACAUCCGCGCGUUCUUCCCGGAGGUCUACAAAAUAAUCUUCAACGUCGCAGAUGCAAAAGUCCCCGAGCAUAUCGGGAAUGUAUGCUGUGGACAAUUCGCCGUCAGCCGCGACCGCAUCCUCCAGCGACCACGGUCCGACUACGAGCGCAUGCUGAAGUGGGCGGCGGAAACGACACGCACCGAUAGCUUCGGCGUUGGCUGGGUGUAUGAGAAGAUCUGGCAUAUUAUUUUUGGGAUGGAAGAGAUCUACUGUCCCCGAUACGAGCAAUGUCGCUGUGACGUUUACGGGUGGUGCGGACCACUGGCGGACACGGGCGAGACGCUGCAGGCAGUGCGCGCCCCGGCCUUACUACAAUCUUAAAAUAUGUUUACUCGACCUACGUAAUAGACGAUUGACGGAUAUCAUUUUUUCUUUGGCUUGCUGAAACAGUGCAAAAUUCACGGUUACUUUGUCUUUUCAUUUUUGGGGCAUCAUCUUUGUAUAAUAUAAUGGGUUUUCGGAGCGUACGGCUUACUUGCAUUGGCAUGACAUGGUGUCUGUUGUCUGUCGGAACGAGAGAACGCGGGAAUGACUUGGAUGCCUGAUAUGGCGGGUGGUUUUAUGAGCUGGAGUCUGGUAGUCUUCCAUAGAUAAACGAAUAAACAGGGUGGUCAUAAUUUCAUAGGUAUCUUGAUAUACAAAUUUAUCGCCAUUCCACC